AUGGAAAAGUUUUUGCAGCUCCAAAAAGAAGUACAUAUUUUGAAAAAUUACACUUUAGUGAACAAUUUUGAGGGUACAAAUCUUGUUAAGAAUAAGCGGGGCGCUGCCAAUUUGUUGGAUAAUUUUGAUUGUGAUAGCGGUCCGAUAGGAAUAAUUCAUUUAACACAAGAUUCAACGACCUCUAACAACGGCGCAAAGAUUUCGACCUUGACUAAUAACAUGGUAUGUGCUUCGGAACCUGUUCAACUUCAAACACAGCGCUCGCCGUCUCUGUCUUGCGCUCCGGCCAAUGCAUUAACUGUCUCCGCGCCACCUCCGCAGUGUUUUUUGCCCGUGGAGGCGGCUACUGCGGUUUCCGCCUGCGCCGAAAGUGCGGUGCGGGCCUCGCAAAACAAGUUUGACUGCGAACGUGUGAUAGACGCUUCAAGCUGUAAUGUCGACAACUUACCGAAUGAGAAUAAUAAUUUAUGCGUUAGUAUGGCGGAAAUAGUACGAAAUAAUAAUAAACAUUGGAAAGACAAGGAGCAGAAUGAAGAAUGGAAAAUUGUUCAGAGAAAAAGGAAACACUUUGCGAGAUAA